AGAACAGGAAGGAGGAGGAGAAGGGUCUAUAGUCUAUAACUGGAGAUCAGUGUCUCACUCAACAUCAAGAUAAUAUGGAACUGACAGCACUCUACUGGCAGCUCUUGCUGUUGAGUACACUGGUAUACUGUAGCCUCGGACAAGGUGGAGCCUGUCUGAGUGUCAGUCCUGACAGACCUCAGUUCUUUGAAUAUGAGUCUGUCUCUCUGAGCUGUAAGGUUCAGGGAAACUCUGCUGGAUGGAGAGUGGUGAGGACCACAGAGAGAGGGAACCAUACAGAGUGUAAUUCUACCUGGGGAGAACUAAAAGGGUAUUCAUGCAUCGUGGCACUAAUACCAUCAGACAAUGGAAUGUACUGGUGUGAGUCUGGGUCUGGAGAACACAGCGAUGCUGUCAACAUCACAGUACAUGCUGGAGCUGUGAUCCUGGAGAGCCCUGCCCUUCCUGUGACUGAGGGAGAUUCUGUGACUCUGCGCUGCAGAAAUCAGGGAACUCCCUCUAACCUCACAGCUGUUUUCUACAAAGAUGGAUCCCUCAUCAGGAAUGAGACUACAGGAGAGAUGACCAUCCCUGCAGUAUCCAAGUCAGAUGAAGGACUCUACAAGUGUACCAGCUCGAAAGGAGAAUCACCAGAGAGCUGGAUGACUGUGACAGCUAGGGGAUCUACCACCCCCCUCCCAUCCUCCUCUCCUCCCACCCCCCUCACCCCAUCCUCCUCCUCUCUCCCCUCCACUCUCCUCCUCUCUCUGUCUGUCUCUGGGUUGGUGGCUGCUCUCUCCAUCUCUCUGAUCAUUCUACUGGUCCUGUUCUGCAAGAGGAACAAAGAUGUAGCAGCUGAACCCAGAGAUGUUACGUAUGCUGACGUCAGAAUCAUACAGGACCCAGAACACAGGAGAAGGAGAGAGUCUCCAGGAGCUGAUCCAGUCUACUCUGCAGUGAAGACCUCCAACACCACAGUUCCAGGUGGAUCUGGUCCAGGUGAUGUGACCUAUGCUGACAUCAACCACACAGAGAAGAGACAACACAACAGGAGGAGAGAGAAGGUCGUUCCAGACCCUGUCUACUCAGCAGUGAAGACAGACAGAGACACAGGUCAAAAGGUCGUUCCAGACCCUGUCUACUCAGCGGUGAAGACAGAUAGACAGAGAUACAGGUCAGAAGGUCGUUCCAGACCCUGUCUACUCAGCGGUGAAGACAGAUAGACAGAGAUACAGGUCAGAAGGUCGUUCCAGACCCUGUCUACUCAGCAGUGAAGACAGACAGAGAUACAGGUCAGAAGGUCGUUCCAGACCCUGUCUACUCAGCAGUGAAGACAGAUAGACAGAGAUACAGGUCAGAAGGUCGUUCCAGACCCUGUCUACUCAGCGGUGAAGACAGAUAGACAGAGAUACAGGUCAGAAGGUCGUUCCAGACCCUGUCUACUCAGCAGUGAAGACAGACAGAGAUACAGGUCAGAAGGUCGUUCCAGACCCUGUCUACUCAGCGGUGAAGACAGAUAGACAGAGAUACAGGUCAGAAGGUCGUUCCAGACCCUGUCUACUCAGCGGUGAAGACAGAUAGACAGAGAUACAGGUCAGAAGGUCGUUCCAGACCCUGUCUACUCAGCGGUGAAGACAGAUAGACAGAGAUACAGGUAGAGCUGUAUCUGGAUCCAGGGACGUAACGUACAGACUGAGUGACCCUGUUCAUCAGAACGUCAUGGUGGAUGGAAAAAGAUGCUCUCUUCAGCUGCGGUGAAUAACCACAACCCUGUCAGUCCAUCUCUUUACGUCUCCUUUCUCUUAUCUUCUCUCUCUCCCUCCUCCCCUUUUCACACCAACGGACUUAUCUUUAGACGCUGCAGCCUUGACCACCAUCAACAACAUCCGCAACAGAGAGGUGUGAAGUUUC